AUGUAGUCCGAAUAGUCUGCCCCCGACACUUUGAAUUCAAUUCUCGCUUCAAUCUGCUAUCACAUUACCCUUCCUUUGUCCGCUUGGUAGAGCAGAUCAAAAUGUCUUCUUACAGUCGAUCAAAAGCUGAUGCUGUCGCUCUGCAGUGGCUGAAGGAGUGUGAGAGUAAGCACAUUGCUUGCAGAAAGCCCCGCUUCACUUCUCCACCAACGUUGCCUCGUCGGCUUUUAUUCAUUGGCGCGCUCAAUUCAAAAGAACCGCGACUUAUCGAGACAUCCUCUCUGGGAGACCCGUACUGUCGAUAUGCUACCCUCAGCCAUUGCUGGGGUAUUGCUUCCCUUCCUUUACAAACGACCACUUCCAAUUUAGCAAGUCGUAGUAUCGCAAUUUGUUGGGAUGAUCUGUCAUCAACAUAUAAAGAUGCUAUUGUUGUUUCACAGAGAAUGGGUGUGCAAUAUCUUUGGAUUGACAGCCUGUGCAUUAUCCAGGACGACCAAAAAGACUUCGAAGAGGAGUGCUCACGCAUGCAUUUCAUUUACUCCAAUUGCUACUUCAUGAUUGCGGCGUCUGACACAAAGGAUGGCUCCGAGGGGUUCCUACCACCACCAAACGCUGAAGAUGAGUCAACUGCACUUUCAGAAACGUCCGCUUUCAAUCCUUCAUCAUCUACUUUCCGCCGUAACGGGUCUCUCGAUUGGAUGAACUGGUCGGCGAUGCUGGAAGGAACCCUCUAUAAGCGUUGCUGGGCGUACCAAGAACGCCAGCUAGCUCCUCGCAUUAUUCACUACACACAUCACGGUAUUCUCUGGGAGUGUCGAAUCGGAAUUGGGGCUGGAGACAUCAGCAAAAUACAACUGAAACGCAGUACCCUUUUCCCUAAUCACGAAAAUUAUAUGCCAAAGGUUGGCAUCUUCCGAAUUUUGGAUCUGGAAAGGACGCGCCUUGCACGAAAAGACAUCAUGACUUUUUGGCGAUUCAGUGUUGAAGAAUAUUCAGAAAAAAGUCUCACCCACACCGUCGACAGACUGCCCUCGCUAUCUGGUCUCGCAGUCGCUAUUGCAUCUCUUCUCAGCAACGAACCUCUCAACCCAUCCGACCCUCUCUACCUAGCCGGUCUAUGGCUCCCAGACCUCAAUCGACAACUCUUCUGGACCCCUACCUUUCCCCAUGAUGCCACCCAAGAGCAAGCUCAAGUUACCUCCCUCCAUCCAUUUAUCCCAACAUGGUCGCCCCUGUCAUACCCCAACCCCAUCAGCUUCCAUCAAGCAUUGUGGAAUCUCGAGACGCGGACCUCCACAUUCUACGACAUUCACAAAGAAAAGUUAGAAAACUCAAUCACGCCAAAUUCCUCGUUCGCCUUCCUCUCCACAGACAUCAGGCCUACCAGUGCCAACGGAUUUGGAAAGAUCUCCGGCACCGCGCUCCGUAUUCGAGGAUGUUAUAUCGAUCUUAAAGUGACCGACAAUCUACAAACCAUUACCCAAAAGAUCGAAAACCAGGAAUUACGUCCAGACACCAGAAAGUUGGUGACAUUUCACGAGACGAUGCAUUAUGUGAGGAUCGGGGGCCACGCUGUGUGCAUGUGGUUCGAUUUCGCGGCUCCUGAUCUUCCCAAAGAUACGCCACUACGUUUUCUGAUUCUAUUCGAGAGCGAAGACUGGAAUGUUGGGCUUAUACUUCGUGCGAAAUCCGGUGGUGGUGCAGGCCAAGUGACAUACGAGAAGAUCGGUCUCUUCGGCAUUGACCCGGAGAAAGAUCGGCCGAUUCCAACGCCGCUCAUACGGAUCAUACGAGGCUCGCGGCCGCAAGAUAUGCCAGAAGUUGAGGCAAGAGAGAUCGAAGACAGGCCAAAAGGUCUGCCGCAGGUCAUGGGGAAGAUUUGUUUGGUUGGGGAUGUGACGUUGGUCUAG